UCCUACGACCCGCAGCGACGAAAUGAUGAGUACGACGUGUGGGGCGAGGCAAAGGGAAGCAACCGCGCGAGCAUCACGACCAAUCGGCGCACUUGGCGUUUCUCGGUCGCAGCGUGCGGACUGACUGUCCCUUCGUGCCGCCACUUGCCGUUUUUCGCGAUCUCAUUCGAUUUCCGACUUUACGUCCGCGAAGUCAUCGAUCCGCGUCCAUCUUCAGAGUCGACGACCGCUGUGAGCCAUGUCGGUAAUCUAUAAGAACUCGAUGAACACCAUCGGCAAGUUCGUGCCCGAGAAGCUGCAACCUCUGUGGAAACAUCCAGCUGGUCCACAGACCAUCUUCUUCUGGGCACCGGCUUUUAAAUGGGGUCUCGUAAUCGCCGGCCUCGGUGAUCUGCAGAGGCCAGCCAACAAAAUCUCCGUCAGCCAAUCUUGUGCCUUGGGCAUCACCGGGUUGAUCUGGACCAGAUACUCCUUAGCCAUCAUUCCGAAAAACUGGAAUCUCUUUAGCGUCAAUCUCUUUGUGGCGUGUACGGCCAUAUACCAAGUAGCAAGAGCUCUAAGGUAUCAGCGCCAACAAGCAGCUCUGGAAGCGGCGGCACCGGCGGUGGCUUCGUCGGGCACGGCUCACUGACGAUAAUUGUACAGAUAAAACAUUCCUAGGAAACAAAUAUUUAAUUCUUUAUUAUUUCACGUUCCACAAAACAAAUACGGUUAUUAUUUAGCGCGUUCGAACGACGUAAUCUAAUACGACGUUUAGUUUGAUCUGAGACCAAUGUAUAUCCUAGUGAGAAGCGAGACAAACACACAAUGAAAAGAUAGUUAAGUGAUAUAUACCUCUAAGUUAUAUAUAAAUAUAACUCUUGUAACUUAAACUUUUCACUCGUACUUUUGUGAAGAUAUAGUACAAUGGCGUGCAAUCUAUCGGUAAUCUCGAGCAUAGAUGCGACAUCGCGCAUGAAAACAACACAACAGACAACUCCAAAAGAUCAUUCGAGAGACUUCUUCACAAAUUGACAUUUUUCAGAACAUCUCUCUGCGAGAUCUUUUAGAGCGACCGUUUGUGUUGCGCGGUAUAAAUCAAAAGAAACACAAGUUUUUACGUCGUAAUGUCGGUUGAGUUUCUCGGUGCCAAAACUGUGAUACGUGUGCGACGCGACACGUUAAUAUCGUUAUUCAGUUCACGCUGUAUUCACGCGACAAAAUUGUAUCCUGUAUACGGAUAGAUCAAAUGCGAUUUAGCACAAUGAGCAAUUACGCGUAAUCGAACAAGUAAUAACGUAAUGUUUUGAACAGGUCGUCGUGUGUGUACAUACAUGUUGUGCGUUAUCAGUCAUCAUCGAUUAUCACACACACACACACGAUCUGUACGUGCAUACGUCUUUAACUGUCAAAGCUCGACCGUGCGCUCUACCUCGAGUCGCGUAAUAAUGCUGCGCUUCCGCAUGACAUAUCGACACGAUAGCGACCCACGACAGUUAAGAGAAGAGCGAACAAGUGUACAAAACUGUUGUAUAUCUCGCUCAAUAUUAUUGUAACUCUCUCGCUCUGAUCAGUUGUGAAAUAAAAACUAACAGUUAUUUUUAUCUAAUAAUAUAUCAUUACGUUGUGAAAACACA